AUGGAGGGCUAUUCAGGGUUGGUGGUAGAGGGCACGUACGGGGGGCAGCCGGCCAUCAUAAAGCUGUACGGGCCAGACGACGAGGGCCUGGACGUGUGCCAGCAGGAAGUGGCAGCGUAUGGCGCCCUGGCGGCCGUCCAGGGACGGCUGGUGCCCCGGAUGCUUGGGUCCGGGCACGCAAGGGCGGGUGUGUGGUUUGUGGCACUGGAGGCGGUGCCGGGCGUCCCGCUGUCGCGGCUGAACCCGGUGCCGGCUGCCGCGGCGGCGGCCGCCGUCGCGGCCCUGCGGGAGCUCCACAGCGCUGUGCCGGGCUUUGUGCACGGAGACAUCCGCCUGCCCAACAUCCUCUUUGUCGAGGGCGGCAGGGACGCUGGAGGCAGCGACGGGUGGCUUGGCGGGGCCCCCAAAGCAGGGAGCCACUGCGUCAUUGUGGACUUGGGGAUGGCGCGGCUGGGCGCGGCCGAGGAGGACGUGCAGGCCGAGCAGGGGCUGUUGGAGCGCUUGCUGGGCGUCUGA